GAAUGUUGUUUCAGGAGGGAAUGUUCAGCUGUUCAUUUUUUAUCGCAAGAAGGGGUUUGAUAUGUGCUGAGGUUUUUGCAGGAUCAAGUUUGGCCUUUUAUCUCUCUCUAAUGCACAAUGGUGAUGAUGAUGGAAAUAACAUGCAUGAUGAAUAG